UUGGUUAUUAAGUAGGCUUGGAAUGUCGAAUAAAUUAACAAUUCAAAAUGAAAUUUAUUUUUUGAAAAUCGUUUCUCAUAGUAAAAACAAAAAUGGUCUAGCGAAAUCAAAAACAUCUGGCCCAAAAAUCGAGUGUAUAUUACUUAAAAUGCUCUAAGAAUCAGCGGAAAAAGGUUACGAAAAGGGGCAAAAACGGGACACGCAGACUUCAUUGAAAAGGAGCUGAAUAAGUAGGACUCCGCCAUGGCUUUGGCGGACGAGAGCAACUUCGCCUACGUAAAAAAGGUGGCACUGGACUGGCGGGAACUGGUGCGUGAGAGGCGAAUGUCUCAGAUUCUCUCGCCCACGCUGAGCAUGCUGGCGGAGGAAUCGCAGCUGCGAAUGGCGGGGGCCAAGUCCCGGACACAGUCGAUGAUUCCGGCCGAGAGACGGGACUCCAGCUUCUACCGGCACCGCUUCUCGCUGGAGUCCAAGCCCGUGGAGAUCGAGCAGCAAGAGGUGGGCUCCAUGGAGCCGGCCCGCAUAAAGGUCAGCGACAAUGUGCACCUGUUCAUUUUCCAGCCCAUUCCCGUCUCGCCCUCCGUGAGGGCGUCCAUCGUACCCUUUUCCCCCAGCGACUUGAGCGUAACUUCUACCAAACUGGAGGAGCCCGUCAAUGAGGAAACUCCAGCUGCUAGGAUCGAGCUCCGUACAUCACCAGAUCCCACGUCUCCCUAGUCCUCAAAUUCCCAUGAUUCUUUCUGGAACACCUCUAACUUUAAGCACUAAAGAGCAAUAAAACACACUCAAUGAG